AUAUGGUCUUGCUCUUGGUAUAUGUUUCUUGCCUUUUUGAUGCUUUACAAGGCUUUCAAAGUAAGCCGGGAACGUGAUGAGUAGAUGAGGAAUUUUCAAACACAUAUUAUCUGAUUUAGGAUCCUACAUGAACUUGGUAUGUACUGUCAAUAAUCACUUAUUUAAACAUCUGAUUUUUAAAACUGGAAGCAACUCUGAUCAUCUAGUCCAUCUAGUCUACAUCCUUCCUUUUACAAAUGAAGAAUCCAAGAGCCAGAAGCUUUCAGACAUCCUGACUCAAUAUCCCCUAUUGAUUGCAUAGCCUCCUUUGUGGAAUUUAUGUAUGCAUUUGACUUCACUUAAUCUAAGACAUCUAUUUUCUUUGAACUCUUGAUAGGUCUGCUGGUUUCCUCAAGGGAAUCCAACCUAGCUGGAUUUUAAUCUCUUUGAAUUGUGGCCUCAGCUAUAAAAGUUUUAGCAGAGGUUUUAAUGGCUGCACUUAAGUAAAUUUAACAGAUACACCAGGGGGUGUUCCAAUUACAUACACCAUUAAAGGGCUUUAUGUGAGGAUUUGAAAAAAUUACCAUUAAAAAGAAAGCAUAGUCCACGUGCAGUAUAAUUUACCAGCAGGAAAGAUUUCAAAUGUCCUGGAAAAGUUCCCUAUAAAAAGGAAGAUAGGAAAUUAGAAAAGUCACAGUACUCAACAUACUUCAAGGGGAUCUUGAAGGGUUUUUGCCUCUAAGAAGCUCUCUGCCUCUAAACAGGUAACAGUCUUUGUAUUAUUUCUAGCACGAGUUUUUCUUUUUUAGAUUGCAUGCUAUUGUAUGUCUACAGGGCAUUUGACGGCCCAAAGGCUAGAUCCAGGUGUGACAUUAUCUAAUGGAAGUUCUGUCCUUCACUGUCCUUGCCAUCACCAGUCACAGAGAUCCAGCCUUUGGGGGAUCCCACAGCUUAUCGACCAGUAUUUGCUUUAGUCUUUAGCCUCUUUUGCCAUCAAAUGAAAAUUAACUUGGAGACACAUUUCGUUAGAUAAUUUCAGGUCCACUUGGCUAGGAAGGCAUCUGGUCUGGGACUACUGUUCAGUCCUCUCUCCUACAGAUGGUCCAGCCAGCUGUAAUGCUAGGAAGACUGAAGGAUAAACAGAAAAAUGUCAUUAGUACCAUGGGGUAGCCAUUUAAUGUCAAGCAUCUUUAUACUAGCCAGAGAUUCCUAGUAGAAGCUACUUUUCUUAACAGAUGGCUCAGUUCCCUUUAUCUCAGCAAUGAAAGAGUUGAAGACCAAUCCACAGCAGGGGGAAUGUUAAGCCAAAAAUGGUGAAUUGGAUAAGGGAUGAAUUACGGGGUUUGGAUAACCAAACAAUAAAAGUAUAGCCUGUUUUAGCACUAAAAAGUCCUGAACACGUCAGCUUAAAGUACUAAUUUUGUCCCCAGUGGCUAAGAAACUCAAGGCAAACCAGCAGGUGUUGCCUUGAGUUUCUGAGUUUCUUGAGACUCUUGAGUUUCUUGAGACUGAGUUUCAGUCUGUGUGUAAAAACGGACUCUGACUUUGUCCUCUACAGGGUUAAUGAUAGAGAUGCUAGCCGUUUCACAGAAGAGGUCUUUAGUUUCUACUCAACCUUGUGUGGAUCUAAUUUGAUUGUGCAUUCAUGUGCCUUAGAAUGGAGCUGAUUCCAAAACUCCUAGCUGGCCUCAUUCUGCUGACUUUGUGUGUGGCGGGCUGCUCCAGCCAGCACUGGUCCUAUGGACUGCGCCCCGGAGGAAAGAGAGAUGCCGAAAAUUUUAUUGAUUCUUUCCAAGAGAUAGUCAAAGAGGUUGGUCAACUGGAAGAAACCCAACACUUCGAAUGCACCGUGCACCAGCCACGUUUUCCCCCUCGGGACCUGAAAGGAGCUCUGGAAAGUCUGAUUGAAGAGGAAACUCGGCAGAAGAAGAUUUAAAUCCACUGGGCCGGAAGGAGUCACCAUUACUAACGUGACUAAAGUAUAAUUCUGACAUUGACAUUUAUAACCCACUAAAUACCUGUAAAUUGUCUUAAUUUCAGAAAUCCUUAUACCAAGGCACACACAUUCCAUAAUAAAGUGCUGUGUUGUGGAU